AACAGUUCAUAAACAAUUCUGUGGGCAGAUACAGUGUUGUUUGCAGUACAGUACAUUUAUCUAGAGAGAGAAAGAGGGAGAGAGUGAGAGGAGUAUAUCAGAAGCUCACUCUAGCUUCCCUGAUUUUGAGGCAUGCAAGAGAGAGAAGAAGAAGAGAGUUUGGAUUAUUCGUACUGCACAAGUUUCAGACAUCUACUCAUUUAUAUUGCUGCAUUUGGGAGACUUCUCCACAGCACUAUCUCUGUGAAGUGGAAUCCCAGGUGUUUGUUUGAGACAAUGCUGUGGAAGAGGAACAUGUCUAUCAGGAAGGAUCAGAAUCAAAGCUCAAUCUCCAAUGUGGGUCUGUAUCCUCAACGCUUGUUGGGUUCUGAUUCAGUUAGGAGCCCCACUUCUCCACUGGAUGCUAAAGUUAUUCCAAAUGCUGACAACCCAAGAUCAUCAUCAUUAACAACAGCCCAAAAGAGGAGCUGGGAUUGCAGCAAAGUUGGUCUAAGCAUUGUUGAAUCUUUGGAGGACAGAGCUAGAAAUUGUGGGAAGUUUCUUCUCUCAUCACCAGAGAGGAAGAAGAUUAGCCUCAGUCCCCAAAUGAUGGUCAAAAAAAUCUGUGUGAAUCCUGCUGAGGAAGAAGAAUCUAAGUCUUUGCCUAAAGAGACUUCUUGCAAGGUUCCUGAGUCCAAAAGUGAACCUGUUAUCCACAACAAGGGUGAAUCCAAUGUUGUUUUUGAGAUUGGAGACACUGCUCAAGAGCUUGGACUAUUUGUGAGAAGCAGGUCCUGUCCAUUGAAUUCCUACAAAACCUUCCCUGGUUUAACCAGUUCCAAAACUGAUUCAACCAUUGAUAGUUUUGGUUUGAAAGAUAUGAGUUCUUCUCCUCAUUUUAUUGGAGGAAGCUCAAGCCAUGCUUUCCCACCAGCUGCAGAGUUGAACUCAAACACUGCUUCAAUGUGCUCCUCAAAUGAGUAUCUCAUGUCUCUAUCUCCUAGUGAGAUUGAACUCUCUGAGGACUACACAUGUGUGAUCACACAUGGCCCCAAUCCCAAAAUAACUCACAUUUUUGGUGAUUGCAUCUUGGAGACUAAUGCUAAAGUGAUUAAAAACUAUUUCAAGAUUGAAGGGAUGGACAAGGGAAUGAACAUGUUGGGUGGUAACAUGAUGCCACCGCCACAGGCUCCAAAUCAAUAUUCCUCAAGUGAGUACUUCCUGAACUUCUGCCACCACUGCAACAAGAAGCUGGACAAGAAAGAAGAUAUUUACAUUUAUGGGGGUGACAAAGCAUUUUGCAGUUUAGAAUGCAGAGAAGUUGAGAUCAAGUUUAAUGAGGAGCUUGAGAAAUCAAAAACUGAAUCUGAAAACUCUCCAAAGGCAGAAUUUGGAGUGAACCUUUUUGAACCAACCAUGUAGAGGUUUAUCAACCACAUGCAGAUGGCACAUUGAGAAGGGUAGAUGCAACUGAUCAUCUUUUCAACAACAAUGAGCUGUGGUUUAUGUGCAUCUGGUAGCGGCCAUGGAUGAUCAUUUUGUAUAUCGUUGUGUUUGCCUAGUCUUGGUGUUUUCAGCUGCAUUGUGGAUUAUGGUUCUCAAUUAAGCUAGUUUUGUUUAAGUUUCAUCAUAGCAUGUAGAAACUAAAAGGUUGAAGGUUAUUUUUGUGGCCUCAACUGCUGAAUUUUCAUUUUUCUUUGCAAUAUCUCGCUAUAUUAUGUCAGUGUAAACAAAACUGAAAAAUCAAAACAAAGUUUUUUUGUCUUUUUG